UCCGAGUUCGCGUGCCUUAAAAGCCUUUGCCUCCUUUUACCCAUUUCUCAAACUCCAGUCUCUCACUUCUUUUUCUCUCAAGCUCUUUCUUUCUUUCUAUUUUGCUUGCACUCGCCGGAGAUCUGAAAACUUGAGAAUCAGAUCUUGGACUGCAAGUUACACAGAGAUGUCAUCACCUGCGACGUCGUAUUGGUGUUACAGAUGCACGCGCUUCGUUCACAUGUGGACGGAGAAUAAUCUCAUCUGCCCCUACUGCGACGGUGGGUUCAUCGAGGAGAUCGAGACCGCACCUUCCUCGGAAAAUCCCAACCGUCGAUUCGCUACCUCCGCCAUGUACUUAUUCGGAUCCAACGGUCAAGAUUCCGACAGAGCCCCUAGUCCAGUCUCCCGUCGGAGCCGCCGAAGAUCCGGCAACCGGUCGCCGUUCAACCCGGUCAUAGUUCUCCGCGGAGGCGCAGCCGAAACCGCCGGCGAAGGCGACGGAGAGAGGCACAGCUUCGAGUUGUACUACGACGACGGAGCCGGUUCGGGGCUCCGGCCGCUUCCUCCCACCAUGUCGGAGUUCCUGAUGGGCUCGGGAUUCGACCGGUUGCUGGAGCAGCUGGCCCAGAUUGAAGUAACCGGGUUGGGGCGGCCCGAGAACCCACCAGCAUCGAAAGCCGCGAUAGAGUCUCUGCCGACGAUCGAAAUCGGCGGCUGUCACGUUAGAUCGGAGUCCCACUGCGCAGUCUGUAAGGAAGCGUUCGAACUAGGAUCGGAGGCUCGCGAAAUGCCGUGCAAGCACAUAUACCACUCGGACUGUAUCCUUCCCUGGCUGUCGCUCCGAAACUCGUGCCCGGUAUGCCGGCACGAGUUGCCUAGCGAGCGAAACGAGGCCGAGAUUUCGGAGGACGAGGCCGUGGGGCUGACCAUAUGGAGGCUACCGGGAGGUGGGUUCGCGGUGGGGAGGUUUUCCGGGGGCAGAAGAGCGGCGGCGGAGAGAGAGCUACCGGUCGUUUACACCGAAAUGGAUGGUGGGUUCGGGGCGGGUGGGGCUCCGAGACGGGUUUCCUGGACUUCGAGGAGUAGAGGGAGGGAGAGUGGUGGGUUUCGGAGGGCUUUUCGUAGUAUGUUUUCGUUCUUGAGGUUUGGGUCGAAUUCUUCUGGGUCUGAAUCUGGGUCUAUGAGCAGAAGUCAGAGCAAUUCGGGUUCUGUGUUGGGUAGGCAGGCGCGGAGACGGAGCAGAGCUUGGGUUUUGGAAGAUCAGAGUGGGAAUGGAAGGUGGUGAUACUUUGUUCUUGGGUACAAAUUGAUGACAAUUCCUUUCGGUUUCUUCGAUAUAUUUGUUAAAUGGGAACUAUAUGUAGAAGUCAGAAGUCGUUUUUGCUGUAAAUAGCAUUGAAUUUGGCAAGAUUUUCGAUUUGGUUCUUUACCGAUGGUAGCUGCCUUUCAAGGUAAAAAGAACAAAGUUUUCCAUGAAAUGGAGGCUGAGCAGACUUAUUAUAAGCACAAUGUCAGUUUUGCUGGCCUGAAAAUACAAGGUAUAUUUGCUAGUUACCAGCUUGAAGGCCAUAGAUGGAAGCAAUUCUUUAUUUCUUUGUUCUAAUUUGUUGUAGACUUUAGCUUCAGUUUUUAUGUAAAAUUCUUUAUUAGACUGC